AUGAACGAAUUUGACGAUUAUAAGGAUAAAUCUCACCUUCAGUUUUUUUUUGAUAUCACUAAAGUUGCCGAUACGUCUAAACUUACUCCCAAAUAUUUCCGCGAGGUCUAUAGACCCGAUGGAAAAUAUAAACUAUACUGGUUCAAGGAUGCUUUGAAAAGGAUCACGCGAAAUAAUCAAACACAAUCUUUAUCCACAUCACCCACAACUCCUGCAGUCAUCUGGACCAUCGAGCCGAUAAAACUAAAAUUUUCAAAAAUUUUUAAGAAAGUUAGACGACCAAAGAAAUUUGAUAUAACCUUUACAGGUACUGGUUCACGUUCACACUUUGAGUUUGGCGGUGGACAAAAUGAACCAUUGGGUUAUUCCGGAGACGCACAUGCCCCAUUUGAUAAUACCUGCGUGCAAAGAUAUCGUUGGGUGAGAUACGGUGAUGGUUCCAAAUGGGUCUUUAUUGUUAGAAAUGAUCCAAGAACCCCUUUGGUGGAAUUUAGGAAAACAGAAAUUGAAAAUGAGUUUACCAUUGUUUUUCUUGAAGAUACACCACCGUCUUGGAAUCCUCGUAUUGCUCGUAAAACCUCUGAUCCCCCACCAUCAAAUCCUUCUUCUCCUACCAUUAUUUAUCCUUCAGGAUUCACAGUCACCUCGUCGUUACGAGAUUCGGCAACAACUGGAAUCAUGUCCGAUUACUCUUCGUUUCGAGGAUCUGCUUACUCUGAUGCAUCAGGUCAAGUUGGAAUUGACAAGCAUCCCUCAAUUCUCGGAGUUAUAAGUAAUACAAAUAAGUUCGAAACGAUCAGAGAGGCAUCGAGUCCUACAGACACCGAAAUACCUUAUGAGCAAAAUGACGGGGAUUUAAACAAAUAUUGGAUAGAAUUUGUUUUAGCAUCAACGGUGGCAAUACAGGAUGAGGUUAAUUCGAGAAAACAUAGGCUUUGGAAAUCUCACAAAUAA